GAAUUAACACUGACCGAGGUCUCCAGAAGGCCGCAUGUUCAAAAUAACAGCAUGGAGAGUUAAACUGAUAAAAGAAACCCUCUUUUAACUCGGCGACGGAUGAUUUUUAUGUAAUUUGGAGGGAAAAUGUUUCGGAGGAUUUGAAUAAGGAGGAAAUUUUUGUUUUCCGUUUGUCGAGCGAUGCAUUUGAAAUCGUUGAGCAGAUUGAGCCGAUCGUUGAGCCGGAUCCUGUCCGAGGCUGAGUAUCUGUGUCGAAGCUCUGAAGGACUCAAACUUCAGUUUCGACAAUUUUCGACGGGCAAGUCCUUCGUCAAAGAAGACUACGUCCAGAAAUAUUUAGCAUCCGUCAAAAGCCAAGCCGAAAAAUCCCCCAACGGUUUUACCAAUCAAAUUCCAAACCUGCAUUUGAAAAAUAUUUUCAAUGACCGAGAAGAAAUCUCAAGCAACCUGCAAUCCCUCAGAGACAUGCAAAAAGAUGAAUCAGAAAGUAAUGAAUGGAAGGAAACUAUCAAAGAAGAGAUAUUGCAGUAUGAGGAACAAUUAAGUACUAUCAAUUUAGAGCUUAUUAACAGCCUUGUUCCACAAAGCCCUACCUUCAAUGCAAUUGAAUUUGAAAUAACUGCUGGAGUUGGUGGAAAAGAAGCAAUGCUUUUUGCAAAGGACCUGUUUGAUAUGUACCAAAAUUAUUUUAAUUAUAAAUCGUGGGUUAGUGAUGUAGCAGAGUUAGAUACAUCGGAGUUGGGUGGCAUAAGGCAUGGAUCGUUGUGUGUCGAGGGACCAAACAUUUUUCAAUCUAUUCAAUAUGAAGCCGGUGUCCACAGAGUACAAAGGGUGCCUGCAACAGAACGGUCAGGUCGAAUUCAUACAAGUACAGCGACAGUGGCUGUAUUUCCACAACCUGCUGAGGUAGAUGUUGAAUUACUAUCCAAAGAUUUGAUAAUUGAGACAAAACGCUCAAGCGGAGCAGGAGGACAACAUGUAAACACAACCGAUAGCUGUGUUAGAAUCACUCAUAUUCCAACAGGUAUAAGUAUAGAAUGCCAGACUGAAAGAUCCCAAAUAAAAAACAAGAAAAUAGCACUUAACCGAUUAAGGUCUAAAAUUUAUCAAAAACAAAUUCAAGAACAUGACCAAUCUAUGAGAGAGUCAAGAAAAAUACAGGUUGGAACAAGUGCAAGAUCUGAUAAGGUUCGUACGUAUAAUUACCCUCAAGACCGAAUUACGGAUCAUCGAAUUCAAAAAACUUUCCACAAUUUGCCACAAUUCCUAAAAGGGGGCCAAAUGUUAGACGAAGUGAUAACUAUGCUUCAAGAAUAUUAUGAACAAGAUAAACUUCGCAUAUUUUUAGAAUCGCUCAAGUCAAGGAGUUGAUGGUAAAUAAUAGCUAACUCGUUUUAAAUAAUAAAAUAUGUUUUCUCUAACAGUUUA